AUUUAAUGCAAUUUCAGUUUUUCGUAUGACAGUGACAAAUAGUUUGCUGUUGUACGCAUAAAGGCUGUAUUAUCGUGAGCCUUAUUUAUGUGACUAGAAUGUCUCCCGCUUUUCUUUUACAUCCUUCCUUACUAUGUGUCUUCUGAUCAGUUCAUCUACUUUGUACAAAUUUUCUAGACUCCAACAUCACUGUAUAGCCUGAAGCCUUUCGGAAAGGAAACUAAACGUCAUUCCCGAAAAGAAUCUUCAUAAUGAAGAAGCGAAAUUUGGAAUAUUAGGUUAAAUAAGUAUUGUAAAUUACACAAGACCGGCUCUAACUUGAAAAUUAUCCCUGUUUUGAGUACAGGGCGUAUUUACAAAGCGCCAUCUAGUGUCGAUACUUUAGCUAAUUGAAGAAUCUUUACAUGUUAUUAUACUUUAAGAAUAUAGAGAAGAUACAAGUUUGUUGCUUUGUGGGUGCAAUAGUGCAAUAGAAACAACAAGGGGGGAAAAGUCAUGCGAAAAGAUGAAUGUUAUGGAUGCAAGAUAAAUCUCUUCUUAAAAGAUAAAGAUCAUUUUUUCAUAUUCCCAAAUGAUAACAUAAUAGAUUUUUAAUGUCACUAGCAAUAAUGAAAUAAAAGAAAAUUGGUAAUCUUCAGAGUAAACAGUAAUCAUACCUUGUCCAAUAAUCUCUAGUGAUAAGGGGUAACGUGAUAAUGAAAACAACGUAAAACUUUUUUAGUGCCCCCUGGUGAUCAUUAUUUAGAAGAUGUCUCAACAAUGGAUAUUAUUUGAAAGUGAGAAUGAAAGCAAGUACCGUUGUUCUUGGUUUAUUCCUUAGUUGUACUACUAUAAUUACUCUAUGGGGUAAUUUAGUUGUAUUAAUUGCGUUUUUCAUGACGAAGAAAUUACGGACCACGUUCACAUUUUAUCUGAUCAAUUUAGCUAUUACCGAUGCUGCAGUUGCUUUGACUGCAAUGAGUUUUUAUACUUUUGAUGUUAUACUUGGUUACUGGCCAUUUGGUGAAUUUAUGUGUGGAGUUUGGAUUUUUUUUGAUUAUGGAAUGACUUUUGCAAGCGUAUUCACAUUAGUGUCCAUUUCAGUUGACAGGCUAUGGGCUGUAAAGAGACCAAUACAAUAUAAACAGCAUAGUACUAAAAAGAGGGUUAUAUACAUUAUUAUCGUAUGCUGGGCAGCAGUCUUAGCUGUUUGGCUUGGGCCUUGUAUCAAAGAUCGUCUCGAUUAUACCGAACCUAACGUAUGUAAAUGGGAACCAAAUAAUCAUCCAGAGUUUGUUAUAUUUAUAGCAUCUGUUGGUCAUCAUCUACCAUGUUUCUUAAUUCUUGUAUGCUAUUUCUCGGUAGCAAUAAAAAUGAAAAGAACUGUUAGCUCUUUAACAAAUGAUCAGAUAGUAGAAAGAAAAAGAAUUAAAGAGAAAAAGGCCUUCGCUACAUUGUCAUACGUAGUACUUGCAUAUGCUGUUUGUUGGAUUCCUUUUCAUUUUAUCUUCGACUUGAGCGCUGUCGACAUGAAAUUGGUUCCUGAAUGGUCAGUAACGUAGAAUCAGAGAUUUUAACUUGUAAUAAUAGCUAAACCUUCUAAUUCUAUUAAGAUAUAGAAAAGUAAUAUAUUGAUGGACUAUCAUUAACUUAAAAAAUCUAUUAAAGUUAAAACUUAGCAUAUAUUCUAAUUGAAACAAAGUUUAUAAGAAGAAAAUCUCUUGUUUUGAUGAAAUUUGGUAGAUUAGACGUCACUGUUGGAGUUUAACUUAUAUCAAUUAAUAGAUUUAACAACUAUUCUCUGAUUCUAGGUUAUACACGGCAACUUUUUGGAUGACUUAUUUAAAUAGUACAUUUAAUCCCUUCGUAUAUGCCUUCAGCAAUAAGGAUAUGAGAAAAGCAAUUGUUAAGAUUCUGUUUUGUAAAAAUAAAGCAGAACCAGUUUCAACAGAGACUGACGCCAAUAUUGCCACCGUAAAUUGAAUUAAAGAUCCCAGAAUUAGCCGAAAAGAUAACUAUUAGUUAGAUUAUUCACAAGAGUAAAUCUGGAGAGAAAUAUUCUAUGAAAUUGUAUUAAUUACUUCAAAUUGUGCACUGUGAACUCUUUGAAUUGGUAUAAAACACCCGUACGUACUUUGAUGUUGAAUUAGAUAAGCUCCUUAGGGAAUAUUUUCAACUAUUCACAACGCACGAACAAACUAAGUGAAAUCUUUGAUUUAAUAAUUCCAAUAAACCCUUUCAUCGUUUAUAUUGCCAAUUAAAAAUUAUCGUUUAAACAAUCUUGAAUCACUUAAACGAACCCAAGCCUUUUGUGAUCUCUUUCAAGAGGAAACGUAGCUGAAUGGAAUAAAAAGAUUUAUGGUCUAUUUUAAGGAUUGCGAAGAGGAAAUAAAAACUCUUUUAAUAGACUAAUUUUAACAUCUAUGUAAGAUAAAUCUUUACAUAAUUAUCUUGUAUUCAUAGUUCUACAACGGAAGGAAUAAUGUAAAUGAAACUUUAAAUACAAGUUAGAUAUAAU